ACGCUAAAACCUUGGCUCUGUCUGAACAUACUCAAACUCAUUCAUCACACAGUAUGAAUGAACGUAACGAAUGUGUAUGAUUUCGUCUUAAAUUUUACAUGUAAAUAUUUUCGGUGGAUCUCAUUAUGUUUAUUGUUCACUAAAACAAGUAUUUUCUUUACAGGUCUUUGGUGCGCAUUCAUCUCCUAAGAUGACCGGAAUCACAUAACAUGGGAAAUAUAACAUUGAACAAUGAAAACAAUAGAAAAACAGUUUGUAAAGUAUUUAAAGGAGUUUUUAAUCUAAUACUAAUUUAGUGUUGUGACUCAGUGUUUUUAUAGACAUCGAUAUCGAUAGUGAUUAACGGUGAUCGUGUGUGAAUGAAAACAGUGCCAUCAUGAUGCUUCAAGGGCUGUUCUACAUAUUUAUAACAUUUCUCGCGUGUUCGCGGGACCCACUCACGUAUGCACAGACAACAAGCACGGAGGUUGGAAGGCCGGUGCAAAGAACGACGGAAGCGAUUCGAACGAACACGACCAUGUAUGCGUGGAGCUCGUGGGGCACCUGGAGCGCCUGCUCCAAGACCUGCGGAGGAGGAGUCGCCGUGCAGGAGCGACACUGCCUGCCCAGGGACCCUGCCAGAUUACGCCGUAGCAGAAAGAGAAGGAAACUCGCCAGGAGUGUGGAGCAUGCAAGACGAGCUCGCAACGUGAUCCGCGCGCCGAACACCACGGGACCCGACUGUCCUGGGCUUGGACGGCGCUACCACGAGUGUAACACAGCGCCGUGUCCCGGCCCAGUGCGGGAUCCUCGCGCGGAGCAGUGCGCGGUUUACGACCGCAGGCCCUUCCGAGGCCGGUUCUACACCUGGGUGCCGUAUGUCGAUGGUGACUCGCCAUGCACCCUUAACUGCCGGCCGCGAGGGCAGCAGUUCUACGCUUCCUUGGCGCUCGUAGUGGACGGCACGCCGUGCACCAAACCUGGCUUCAGGGCUAUAUGCGUGCAAGGAAGCUGUAAGGCGGUGGGUCGCGAGGGCGUGCUGUCCGCGUCGUCUGCGCGCGAGCUGCGUUGCGGCCGGCGGCUGGUGUCGGGGCUGUUCUCGCGGCCGCGACUGCCGCUCGGCUACUCCUACGUCACCACCGUGCCGCGCGGCGCCUGCAGGCUCAACGUCUCCGAGAUCACACCCAGUGACAAUUACAUAGCGUUGAAAGUUUCCAAUGGGUCGUACAUAAUGAACGGCGAGUUCGCGGUGUCUGCGGCGGGCACGUACGAGGCGGCAGGCGCGCGCUUCGUGUACUCGCGAGAGGGAUCGCUGGACAGCGUACUCGCACAUGGACCUAUACACCACCCCAUCGACAUAAUGAUACUUUACACGCAACCAAAUCCGAACAUUAGAUACGAAUAUUUAACUGACUUAGAUCCAGACGAAACUAGUAACGACAUACCGACGGCGAACCCAGCACCACACCACAGUGUUGUACAGCGCCACCACCACCGCCACCACAACGUAGAGGCACGAACAAGGGACCUGGAAAUGAGAUCGGAACCCUCUUUAUCCAAACAACCAGACUUCAACAACCUUGAAAGUCAGUCUCAGGUGGAGAGUAAUAUUAUUGGCAGUAGGAAAUUCAUCUGGAAGAUUCUAGAGUUUUCGCAAUGCUCGCGAAGUUGUGGUGGAGGGCUUCAGAUUGGGAAGUUCAAGUGUGCGGAGGUUACUGAGAAGGGUGAUAAGGAGGUGUCUCCGUUCCAUUGUAACGGUGCGCCGCCGUCAGCUCGGAGGCGACGCUGUGGUGGCAGUCCCUGCCCUCCGCGCUGGCGGGCAGCCGCCUGGGGACCCUGCCCCGUGUGUGGACCAGCCCAUAGAACUCGUAUCGUAGGCUGCGUUCAAGACCAUGCGCGUGGAAUUACGAAGAUAAGUGACCAAAAAUGUCCCUUACCGAUGCCUCCGAGCAGCGAACUAUGUGACAUUCGAAAUUGUGAUGGGACUCCUGCUACAACGAUUGCGCCUCGGCUUGACGCGCGACGUCAAGUGCGACCUAAAGACAGAACAGACACGUUUAAAGAAGGUCCUAUUAUAUCUCUAGCUACAAACUUAUCUGACACCGAUGUGGGAACAACGGUAGCCCCGAGUUACAGCUUCAGUGCUGGAGGCGGGUGGUUGUAUACUGAAUGGUCUGAGUGUGUUGGCUGGUGCGUGGGAGGAGGAGUUCAAUCUCGUGGAGUUCGCUGCGCUGACCCCAAUGGCUGCACUGGCCACCGAGCCCCCGAAGCAUCACAAACCUGCGCCGUUAGAAAACAAUGUGACGCGCAAUGGUUCACCAGUGAAUGGUCAGCUUGUUCCGCGCCAUGCAGUGGAAAGCAAGUCCGUGGUGUGAUUUGUAUUGGAGGGAACGGCAGACGUCUUCGGGACGGCUCCUGUAGAGGUCCUAAGCCAGACGCAGAACGCGCCUGUGGAGGCACCUGCAGUCCUUCGUGGUACCUCAGCGAUUGGAGUGAGUGCCAAGGGCCGUGCGAGGCAGGCGUGCAGUCGCGCACAGUGUGGUGCGCACGCGGCGGCGCGGAGGGCGCGGGCGGCGCGGCGCGUGACGCCGCCUGCCCGGGAUUGCGCCCCCCGGCGCGACGCUCCUGCGUCCCGUCACGCUGCUCCACACGACCACCUGUCAAUACAGCAGCCUUAAGUGCACCGCCUUCAGUUUCAGAUCCGCAACAACGCGUCCAAAGGCACCAGAGUCACACAGCGCAAAAUGUUAAAGAGAGAUCGUAUGCCGACGGCGCCUGCGUGGAUAAGCUGAACAACUGCGCGCUAGCGGUCCAGGCGCGGCUGUGUCACUACCCGUACUACGCCGACUAUUGCUGCAAGUCCUGCCACGGACGGUAAACACAAGAGGAUUGAGUACAUGCAGUAAUACUAAGGCGCUACAACACGUAUUGUGAUACAUAAUGGACGCAUAGUGAGAAUACGUAAUCUUUAACGAAGAUAGAGUAGCGCGGCGCCGGCGCACACAACUCCAGUUCACACGUAUAAGGCAGUAAUCGAUCCCGGCCUUCCAGUAGCUAGUACUGUGUUACAUAGAGAGUCCUUUCAGAGAAAGUGGAACGGCUGACAUCGCACGAAUCCCUCAGGAUAGCCAUCAAUGCUAAUACAGAGUAUUAAGUCUGAAUCAAGCCAAAGUGAAUCAGAAUACGACUAGAUAUCGGAUUGACUUACCCCAAUGAAUCGAUUGCAAUUUCCUGAUGACUCUACGAUAAUAUUUUGUGACGACGAGUACACCAGUGUGCGUGGCUCUAGUGAACUUUCACGUUCGUGUUUCUGUAAGUAUUAGGAAUAGUUUCGUGAUCUCCAGAUUGUUUAGUCGAGUUUUGGAGUCGAUCUGUGAACUGUAGAACUCUCAAAUAUUAAAGUUUUAAUUUUUUCAUAAACGCACGACAUAUUAUCGAGUUGAGCACCGCCUGUAUACGUAGAUUUGUUCAUAACUUGCCUGUAACCAAGCAUCUUACCGAAUUUCGUAUACUGUGUAUUAUUUAGGAGAUUAAUUAUUACUAUAUAAGUAUGUUUGAAACUACAGUUCAUUCAGCAUUUGUAAUGCAACUUAGGCUAUGCUAUUUAGAUUAAGAACAAAAUAGUAUUUCUUAUUCGUUGUAAUAGUUUCUACGGUAUGUACUUAGAAACUAAAUUGUGUUUUCCACACGCCUCAGACCAUUGAUUUUGAAUAGGGCAGGGAAACCAAUGCAACAGUUUGUUUUGCCAUAAAACAUCUCAUUUACAAUUGAAUCGCUUCGAUUUUAUUCUAUGGUAAAUACAAAUAAAGCUACUUAUAAAAAUGUUUCUUUGACACUGUGAAAAACAUAGACGUGUGGUAAAGGCAUCAGUGUUCAUGAUAAAUAACUUAUUACCCAAUUUUAUUGUCAAAUAGUCAGUUCUGUAUUAAUAAAGAGUCGAAUUGUGUAAAUAGAUAAUUAUUUUUAUAUGUAUAGUGCAUUUAAUUACUGGCUGUUAAAUAUUUAUACGACUGUAUUAGUUAAAACAUUGUACCAUCUUAUUAAUGUAUAAUUAUGUAUUAAUUGGUUUUUGCUAAAAGUAACUAGAGUUUGCCUACCGUUUAAUAAAUUUUAUCUGUACUAAUGACGCAUAUAACAAUGUACAAAAAUAAUAAGCUUUAAACACUGA